CUCUUCUCCCCUGGGUUCGGCUGGGGGCCUAACGGAACGCCAGGGUGCAGGAGCCCCCGUUGGUGCUUCACUCAGCUCAGCUACCCAGAGCUCUGUGUCCUGAAUGAUUUCCAGCAGACCAGCAGCUCUGGGUCUAAGCUUUUAAGAAAACAAAAAUUAUGCUACCCUUGAUUAGGGGCAGCAUUCAUGUCUCACACCCAGGCAGAAGCAGAAAUGGCCAGAAUCCACUCCUACUUUCUGGGCCAGACAAGGCCACGGUUUGAGAAUGUUCAGCACAGGCUGAGCAUCAGAUGGACUUUGUUUGGAGUUAAACAUCCCUGGCCCCUACCGUUUCUGUCUCCCUCAUCCCUUUCAUCACUGAGCAAGCCACAAAAAGCUGAGGGGAAAGGAGCAGGGAUGACUUCUGAUGGCAUGUUUAGAGGUGCUCCUGGGAAGUUCAAGCUCCAGCAGGGGAACCUUGAUGCCCAGGAUGAUCCUGUCCAACACCACAGCGGUGAUGCCUUUUCUGAACAAGCUGUGGCAGGAGACAGUUCAGCAGGGAGGCAACGUGUCGAGCCUGGCCCGCAGGUCCCCCCGCCGCGAUGACAGCAAGCUGGAGGCCCUCUACGUCCUCAUGGUGCUGGGCUUCUUUGGCUUCUUCACCCUGGGCAUCAUGCUGAGCUACAUCCGCUCCAAGAAGCUGGAGCACUCUCAUGACCCGUUCAACGUGUACAUCGAGUCUGAUAGCUGGCAAGAGAAGGACAAGGCCUACGUCCAGGCUCGGGUCCUGGAGAGCUGCAGGGCAUGCUACGUCGUCGAAAACCAGCUGGCUGUAGAACAACCCAACACACACCUUCCCGAGACGAAGCCUUCACCAUGAACCCCACCACUGGCUAACACGGGACACAUCCUGCCUGGCAACCUGAUUUUCUAAUCACAUUCCUCUCAUACUCUUUACUGUAAUGGGUACCACUGGAUUUCUUUUUUGCUACUGUAAGGGGUGAGGGGUGGAUUAAUGACAGUUUCACUGUUUUUCUAAAAUCACGUUCUUCUGUGACAGACUGUCACUUGUUCCCCCAUAGCUGUCCCUGCCUUGUGAAAUUUAGCAGAAUCCCUGAGGACAUGGCCUCUGAGAAUAGAAGCUGCAUCUUCCAGACUCCCUUGCAGCUAGCGAGGUUGUGUGACUAAGCCCUGGCCCGUAGCUAUGGAAGUGAAGACAGCAACGUCGAGGAAUUCUUGGAAAGUAAAGGACGUGCCCUUUACUUCCCUGGUCCUGCUUCCCAGUGGCUGGACGUGGAGGUGGUGGAGUGCAGCUCUGAGUCUGGAAACUAACCAGGCACUCAAAGAACCACACAUCUGGGCCUUGGCGAUGUGAUGGAGCAGGGUCCUCCUUACCACCCACAGGCCUGAUGUACAGAAGAGAGAAACCCACUCCACUCUUCCUUAGGCCACUGUUAUUUUGAUCUGUAGCAGAAUCAAUGCCCUUACUAACACACCUACUUUAUAGGACUGAACCUAAAGGCAUGACAUUUCCAUACUUGUCACAAGCACACACCGAUUCUGCCCUGGUCACUUCUGUGCUCACUCCUAUGCUGCUAUCCUCCUCCUGCCCUUCUGCCACCUACUCCUCCCUUGCACACACCCUUCACACAUCUCCCCAAAAACACACAGACACAUACACUCAUAUACAUAGACACACACACACACACACACACACCCCUCAAGCUAGAAAGAACUCACUUCCUACAGGACUAAGAUGGAGGAGGAAAAAAUGCCUUCUUCAGAAUGCAUAGCAAGGGGAAGGUGCUCAGUCACUGUCGGAGUAGGGAGAGGUGCCCCCACUCCCCAAGAGCCAGGGAAAGGAGUGGCUAUGGGCAGGGAGCAAUGCAUGGCACUGGGGUGGCAGGUCCUUUUGAGGUGAUGGGGUUGUUUCGUGAGUUGAAUUGUAACCUCCCAAAAAGACAGGUACCUUCAAUGUGACCUGGUUGAGAAAUAGGGUCUUUGCAGAUGAUGUAGUUGAGAUGAUCUAGUUGAGAUGAGGUCAUUGGGGCGGGCCCUCUUCCAAAGUGACUGGAGUCCUUAUCAGAAGAGGGGAAUUUGGACACAGACACAUAGGGAGAACACCGUGCCGUGACAGAGGCCGCAAACCAGGGAAGGUCAAGGAUGGAUGCUCAUUCCCAUCCCAAGAAGCUGGCAAGAGGCCAGGAAGGCUCCUCCCCCACAGGUUUCGGAGGAAGCACGGCCCUGCUUGAAUGCAAACUUCCGGCCUUCAAAACUGUGAGUCAGUGAGUAUCUGCUGUUGAGGCCACCCAGCUCAGGAUACUACAGGGAACUUAUACAGCACCUCUCAGAGACAGAGCCAUGCUGCCUACCAGUGGGGCACCUGGAGGAACUUCCCCAGCAGAUAGAGAGGGCCUCUGUUCUGCCACCUGCCUUGAGAAGGUCUCCAGCUGCCAUCUGUAGCUUUGGAGUCCUCUGCAAAGCGACAUCCUGGAAGCUCACCUGCCUGGGCAUUCCUGAAGAGUGUGGAAUAUUUAAAUGACACGCAACGUUUUAAAACCUGCACCUAAGAUAAAUGAAAAGCAGCAUGCGUGCAUCUUUGACCAUCCUCUGAUGGAUCCGCAUGGUCUCAUGAGGUUCCAGUCCUUGUUUCAUAUAAUAAACACAGGCAUGGCUCAGCCCCUGAGUUAUCACAGUCCUUGAGAUGAGUGGUCCUUUGGGUCACAAAGUCCUUUGAAAAUCCAGUGAGAGCUGUGGUCUUCACCCCACCUGAAUAAUGCAUAUGGACACCACACCUUGCCUACCGUGUCCAGGGUUCAUGGGCCAGUGGCAGCCCAGCUAUGCCUUGUGCGUCUCACAGCCCCUGUGCGAGCCAGACCCGUCUGAGGCAGCUGCAUAUUCCCAGACUGAAGGCAAGGCAGGUUUGCAGAGAGAGACCCAGAGUGCACGUGACCCGCGGCGUGAUCCCUGAUGCACACUGACUUUGAUAUUCCAGGCACACGGACUGGCUCUUUAUCACCACUUCAUUUUCCCCACUAAGAUUCCUGUGCCUUUUAAGGCAGAGGGAGAUCCCUGUGGCUUUAGUCUUCCCAGGCCUUAAAGGGCCCCUGUCUUCACUCACAAACUUCUCUUUCUCCCUCCCCUUCCUCUUCAUUUUAAAGGAGGAGAGGGAAAAGUAAGCGGAAGACAAAUCGAGACACAUUUUUUCAGACCCUUGUUACUAUAUUUUAAAAAUUGGCUUCACAUACAGAGUCCUUGCUAUGCACCAUGUACUGUUCUAAGCUCUUAAAGAUAGGAUCUCAAUGAUUGUUUUGCAGGCAAUGCUCUAUGCAUUCAUUAGCUAGGACAACAAUGCUUUUGCAGUAUUGAGAUUUUGUUGAAAAAUUAAAGCCAUUUAUCAUGA